AUGCGUGUGCAACGAGGUGUUGAUGAAGGAGCGGACUCUCUCUCCAUCGAACAGAGUUACAAGCAGAUCACCAGUGAUGCAUUUGCUUUCUUGGGCGCUGUCAACACCAUCGUGGCUACAACGGGGGUCAACGGGAAGGAAGGAAAAGGGGGAAGAGAGCAGACGGACAAGAAGAAGGAUGGCAAGCGGGAGAAGAAUCGAGCCCCCUUCAAGGGGCGCUGCUACAGCUGCAAUAAGGAGGGGCACAUGGCUGCCAAGUGCCCCAACAAGAAGAAAGAUACAACGCCUGCGGCAGCCGCGAACGUAGCUAAAGGAGACGGGAAGGUCGUGGCGCUCACCGUCUCGUGUUCGGCUGCAAAGUUGCUGGCCGACGACAAGGACUUGUGGUUCCUUGACGCAGGAUGCUCCCAACAUAUGACCGGCCGCAAGGAGUGGUUCACGGUGAUCCGUGACCCAUCUGCAACGAAAUCAGUCAAAGGGUUUGAUGGUUCUAUGCAGGAAGUUGCCGGUGUUGGUGAGGUUUUGCUGGAGGGCACUAACGGCUUGCGUGUGACCCUACAUGAUGUCCUCUUUGUGCCGGGAAUGAAGGCCAACUUGGUCUCCCCUGGGCAGCUCUUGGACAAGGGAGCAAAGAUGCAAACCGAGGAAGGUGUCACUCGCAUCAUCGCAUCAGGAGGUCAAGUGGCUGCAGCGGCACGAUACCGCCAUCGCUUUCACUGCCUUGACCUGAAACCGGGACCAGCAAGGAACGGUGCAAAGGCUGCAGCGGCAUGCAACGGCACGCCGGCUACAGCGGCAUGCACCAAUAUGGCGGGUGGAGCGGCGAGCAAUGGCACAGGGGCUGCAGCGGCAUGCAAUGGCAGGGCGGCUGCGGCGGCAUGCAACGGCAGGGCGGCUGUGGCGGCAUGCAAUGGCACGGCGGCUGAGGUGGCAUGCAAUGGUAUGCUUAAGGCAUUUGCUGAGGUGGUGUCAAGCGCACCGGAAGAGAAUGACGAAGCGGCCAGCCUCACAACACAUGCGGUGGGGACCGAGGCGAUGCUCAACCUGCGGCACACUUACCUUGAGAAUGACCAUGCUGGUGCGGUGCAGUGGACAGCCACAAACAGUGGCAUGCUAGGCAUGGACCUAGAAAAAGGAGGGGAGGACACGUCGAGCGCCUCCUCCGAAGAAGCCAAACUCACUCGUCAAACGCUUCCGCUGCCUGACGAGCAAGAGGGGGAGGUUCUUGGGAUGGUCCAUGGCCCUGAGCAGAAUCACCCGCCGUCACGUAUCGUCAUUAUAAUCCCAGUGCCGUCCGUGCAAGGGGGCGAACAACCGUUUGAUCGUUCGGUUGACCCUGCGGGCAGCAACGCAACCAUGGCUAUGCCAGCUGUCUGUCCAUCCUUAGCUGCUGGCUUGGCACCUGUGGGACCAGAGGUUGGUCCCUCUGCGGAUGAACGUCGUGCAGCUGAUGAAGACAAGAAAGGAGAGGCAACGGACCUGAAAUCGGCGGCAACCCAAGGGAAGGACCCCAUACCCACGGUUCCGCCCCUCCAGCCCAAUCCCCCACCCCCAUGUCAUUCUAGCAGGUCCAACAAGGGUAUGCCACCUGUACGGUUUCCCACAUCAACCAUGAUGGCCUCGGAUGCGGAUGAUGGCAACAACAUGUACGACAUGGCAUUCCUUGCUAGAGUUGUUUAUGGCACGGACAUCUACUAUGAUGUGGAGUACUUCGAUGAGGCUGUUGAGGAGGAAGGGGGAUUGGGGAGCGUCAUCAUCAACCUCGGAGUAACCUUGACAGGACCUGAAGGCAAGGUGGUGGACAAAGGUCUCCUUGUGGUGGAAUACAUGUCAUCCACGGAAGGCUAUCUUGGUCUGCAGAUUGUGCGCGACCGCCCCAACAAGACACUCCUCCUGCACGAGAAUGCAUAUGGGGCGAAGGUGCUGCAGCGGUUCUUCAAGGGGGCGCCACCGAAGAAGCAGCCGAUCACCCCUCUUUCCUCUACCAGCUUUGUCAUGGAGGAUGCUGAGCUGUUUGCCGAUCGCACCAUGACCAACCGCCUUGCAACAGGUACACACCUCAGAACGAAUGCGCAUUGGGACCACUUUCUCGCCCUCGACCCCAUUGAACUCACACUUACCUCGCUGGAGAAGUCUCUUCUUGAUGCUGAGACCAGUACCAACGCUGUCGCUUCCUCUCGCGGCACUCCGUGCUCCCCCUUCUUUGAAGGGUGUGCUCCCUCCCCUCUCCUCCCGUCUGUUGCUACUGCUACUCGUUUCGGCCUCCUUGGUGCUGAGGAAUUUGGUGCUGUGUUUGCUCCUAGUGGGAGGCGCAACAACAGCAAGGGCAAAGGGGGUAAGGGUGAUGGGGGCGGCACUAGCGGUGGUGGUGGCGUGGGUGGUGGUGGCGGGGGUGGAGGCGGUGGGGGUGGAGGCGGUGGGGGUGGCUCUGGAGGUGGAGGCAGUAGAGGCGGACAGGGUGGUGGAGGCAGCGGAGGUGGAGGAGGCGGCUGGGGUGGUGGAGGCAGUGGGGGCGGUGGAGGAGGUCGUGGUGGAGCUAGCAAGGGUGGAGGCCAUGGCGGUUCCGCCCGUGGCGCUGGAGGCUAUGGGAGUGGACAACAGAUGCCGCGCCUCCCGGACAACCCCACCACUUAG